AUGUCUCAACCACUCCACAACUUCUCGUUGCCGAAGCUGCAAUGGUCGAAAAGCCAGAAAGCAAACAACAACACUCGCGGCCGUACCAGACUCGGUCAUGGUGACUCCUCUUCGUCGUCACCCCCCACUCCCGAUGCCUCGCCGCACUCACCUCGUCCAUCUGGGCAUGAAUUGUUGCACCGAUCUCCAUCGUUCAAUUUAGGGCCUCGGCGUCCGUCUCCUCUCGCUGAUGAUUCCUCUCCUAAGAACCCUACUUUGACGGAUUUGUCGGAGACGGAGACCAGGUGUGCCGCAUUGUUGCAAAGCGGUUUCGCUUCGGAUGAUGACAAAAAGAUUCUGGCGUCUGGUGGUGUUCAAGAUGGGUGUCCCAUGUCUUCUUCUGAUCACAAAAUUGAGAAGAAGGUGAUUUCAGUGUCUGAUUCUAAUGAUAAAAUCGGGAAGAAAAGGUUGCUGGGAACGAAUGAGAAAACGAAGGAGAAGAUGGUGGCGGAAGAUGAUGUGGGCAAAGGGAAAGAAGCGAAACCCAAGACCUACAUUCGUCUUCGUUUGAAGAAUAAGUCUGACGAGGUUGGAGAGGAGGUCAAGAAAGCAGUUGUUGAUCCUAAAGACGAUGAAGUCAUCGAAAAGACUUGGAAUUUGAGGCCUAGAAAGCCUAUCCAGAACCCUUCGAAUUCCAAUGUCAUUGCCACUGGCAAAUCAGGAACAUCUAAAGCUGGAGGAUCUUCCAAGCCCGAGAACAAAGCUCUUAAGGGGACCGGAGGGGGUAAUGACGCCAAGGCUGAGAAGAAGAAGGAGAAGGCUAAGGAGAAGGAGAAGGAUAAAGACAAGUGCCCGGUGACAAACUUCUCGAUUGAGCUUACUCCUCAGGAGAUUGAAGAGGACUUCCUCUUAAUGACUGGAAAAAGGCCUUCGAGGAAACCAAAGAAGAGGUCAAAGGCAGUUCAGAAACAGAAUCUAUAUCCUGGUUCAUACUUGGGGUCGAUAACCCCAGAUUCCUACAAAGUUCCUGAACCCCGUCAAAAGGAUGUUCCGAGGGCUGAUGAUGUCCAAAUCCUGAAAUGCUAUUUGAAGAGCCUGCAAGGAUGGUUUACUGAUGCAAGGAACAAUUUUUGUGGGAGUUCUCUUGGAGAAGUGGAGCUUUUUGGAACCCACAGAACAGAGCUUGAGUAUGCUCAUUCUGUUAGAAAAUCAGGAUGGGGCUUCACAUAUCUGUGA